UCCGCGACUGACAUGGAGGAGGCAUCGCCCUACGGCGACUACAAGUUCGUGGGCCGAUUAGACCACGUCAAGACCUUCAACCAGGCCAUCAAGUCCAUAUGCUUUAAUGAUUAUGGCAUGCUCCAGGUAUCGGAUGACGGUCUGCGCAUCACCGUGGAGCAGGGCAAGUCCAUCCAGGCGACACUCUUCAUGCCGCCGGGCGCGUUUAAGGAAUUCUAUGUGCAGGACUUCCAGAGCUUCGGCCUGAAGAUGAAUGUGCUCUCCGAGUGCCUGAAUCUCUUUGGAUCCGCCGACUGCAGCCUGAGGAUGAUGUACCGCGAUCAGGGUGAUCCUCUGAAGAUCAUUCUCUAUCCAUACGACGAUGAGGAUGUGAGCACAGAGUGCGCCAUAAAAACGAUGGACUGCGAGGAGCCCAUUGACUACGACAUGAACCUCAAGGGUUCAGAUCUAAAUGUAAUUUUUGUGCGAGGUCCAAAUCUCUCGAAGGUAUUCCACGAACUGGAGAAGUCGGCGGAGGAAUUUGAGUUUGUCACUUCCCCGGAUAGGCCGCACUUUAAGAUCACCACCGUUGGGAUCAUGCAGGCCGUGUUUAGCGUGGAGGUGGCCAAGACCAGUCCCAUGAUGAUGAUGUUCAACUGUAAACAGACGGUGGUCGCCCGCUAUAAGAGUCAGCAGAUACGCCUGACCAACAAGGCGAUGCAGGUGGCCACUAAGGUGGCCAUUAAAACGAACUCGAUUGGCCUGCUAGAGCUGCACCUGGUGAUGCAGGGCGAGGGCCAGGAGGAGAUCUUUGUACAGUUUUACAUAAUUCCGUUGCUCAAUGCCGACUAAAUGUAAUAGUAAGACCAAAAUAUAGCUUUAAGAUGUGUUUUAAUACA